UUCCUUUCCUUUCCUUUCCUUUCCUUUCUUCAUUUCAGAUUUAGAUAUUGAAACCAAACGCCACAAUCAUCAUUCACCAUUUGCUUAAUCAAACAAAAAACCCUUACACAUAUUACCAAUCUUCUGAUUAACAACUCCCAUCUUCUCCAACUUCUCACAUGCUUCAACGCCACGCCAAAACACCAAAGCCCUUUUCCCUAACAACUCUCCCUUCACCAUAAUAUAUACAUAUACAUAUACAUAUACAUAUACAUAUACAUAUACAUAUACAUACACACGUGUGUUGGGUUUGCUAUAUAAAUCAUGAACAUUCUUGUCUAACCUCCAUUGGGUUCCAAUGGAAGACGACAUGUGCCCGCCAUUGCCCUCCACUCUUUCUUCAACCGCCGAAGCCUCUCCAAACUCGCCCCAACCGGAGAAUCUCUGCAGCCUGCAUUUCGUUUCAAUGUACCACUCCAUUUUCCCUCCAUUGUUAUCAUCAUCCUCUCUUUCAUUCACGCCCUCCUCCUCCUCCUCCUCCUCCUCCGCUGACGACGACUUCAACAACCCCUGCACCGCCGCUCCCACUUCCACGACCGACGAUCUCCUUUUCCAGGCCCGGCUUAUAUUGGAGCACCGUGAGCUUUGUCAACGCCAUGAUCUCUGCCUCCGCCGCCUCCGUCAAGUCACCGACGAUGUAGAUUGUCUUCGACGGGAGAAUGCGCAGCUCCAAUUGGCCAACGCCGAGCUCAUUAAGAUUCUUUCGUCGAAGACGGCGGUUGAUGAUCUCGUUGCGAUUCCGAAUUCCCAUCUCCGAUCUCUGAUUGGAGAAGGGCAAAACGGGGAGGAAGUUGGUUAUGAAAUUAUAAGUCCGACGAGUGUUAUAAGAAAAUACAACAACCAGUUGGAGGGAAGGAACAAUCGCCGCCGGACCUCUCUUCCCAAAAGCAUCUCCGUCCGCUCUGCAGCAGCCUCCGCCGCCGCCGCCGCUCCACUCAACAUCCAAUCGCGGCGGGUGUGUGGUCCGGUGGAGUUGGAGGUGUACAAGCAGGGGAUGGAGAAGACGGAGGUGUGCAAGAAAUGGGAGGAGAGCGGGGGGUGCCCUUACGGGGAGCAUUGCCGAUUUGCCCACGGGGUUGAAGAGCUGCGGCCGGUCAUAAGACACCCACGUUACAAGACACAGAUUUGUCGGAUGGUACUGAGCGGUGAGAAGUGUUGUUAUGGUCACCGCUGCCAUUUUCGCCACUCUCUCACCCACCAGUAGGGGGAAGCUGCUGCUAACUAAUAAGAAUCAACAAACCACCAAUAAUGAAGUUACAACAAAUAAGGGCAAAUUUAUUACUUCGCUUUUUGCGUAGUAUAGUGUACAUAAUAAUGGCCUUAUAUAUUUCCCUUCCUUCUAUUAUUA